AUGGAUGAGGAGCGACCCCUGCUAAGGCAGGAAACAAACGACGAGCAAAAUGCUCUUACGGAUUGCCAAACAAAAACCUCAAACACAGAGGGGAGAAUGGACACGAUCACAUUUCUAGCACUUGUGAUUGGUGUUUUCAUAUCGAUGACCUGCGAGUCAUUCGUUACAUCAACCCAUGAGCAUAUCGCCUCUACAUUCAAUGCAUUGCCGCUUGGGUCUUGGCUUCUCACAUCAUAUGCUAUGGGAUAUAGCAUGAUUUUACCGCUGGGGGUGCGGACCUACAAUCCAAGUAGUCCUUGUAGGGAGGUUCAUUACAAGCUUGGGCGGGGCUGGAAUGGUCGAUACUGUUUCAAUUCUCCUGAACAGUACGUUUAUUAUACUAUCCGACUUGAAAUAUACACUCUGGAACUGCAGUAG